AGUAACGUAUGUGUGUCGUUCAUGCAUAGACGCAGAGGCCCUGGACAACGAAAUGCCCGUCCUAGAGAUUAGCGCCACAGUUCCCCAGGUUGACGACGACGACGAUGCCGGUGACGAUCGCCCAAUGCCACUGCUAGAAGUGAGUGUCCCUAGUGAUGAGUCAGGUGAUCGCGACCCUUAUGCUGACCUGGUUGAUCCAUACGCAGAUGACACUGUAGUCGACAUGCACACGAAUCAUGACGAGGCCCGAGCAGCAGCGAAGACCGGCGUCUUCGUUCCUGCCCGCACCAUUGCCGAGAACGUUUUUACGGAAGAGUGUGGUGAGGAUGACGUUGUUCGGUCCCGAGUCAACCUGCUAAAGACAGCCGUGAACAACGCCCGCUCCCGUCUGCGUCCUAAAGAGCCAGACACUCUUGACCUCGAAGUUGACGCCGACUUCAUCAAUUCUGAUGAGUUCCUUGAGAAGGACAUCCAGUUCCAUGCACGGCGGCACUUCGUCUUCGCGACUGCAUAUCAGCUCGACAUCCUGCGUCAGGCGAAGAGAUGGUUCGUUGACGGGACAUUCAAGGUAAGUUAG